CUUGUUACCCGUAACCUUAAUAGGUCAUACCAAUUAUUAUCAACUGCGCAGACGUUUUAUCGAACGCCCUUGACAAUAAUCCAACAUUAACGACUAUGAUCUCUUUGAAGGGAUUAUCACAGGAUUUAAAAUUUUUUUUCUCAGCCAAUGACGACUCGUGCAUGAAAGAAAUAUUAAUAAUUACUAAAUCGAUUAAUUUUAUUUCAUCAAAUAUUGAGUUUUUCAAGUUCACAUCUUAAAUUUUAAUAAGCUUUGAUAUUUUUCACUUAUAAUUUAUGGAAAACAGUAAUCUAUUAUAAAAUCAUUUUGAGAUAAAAAAGUGGACAUUUAAUUUUAAGAGAAUAAUAGCAAGAACAUUAUCUUCUAUUAUAUGUAAAGGGAAAAGAAAAAGCGUAUAUCUUGAAAUUACUCUAGUCGAUUAAUUUAAAUGCUUCUACUUAUUGUUAAUACAAUUAAUGGCUUGUUUAUACGUGUACGUGAAAGAUACAAACAAUAAUAGUCCAGAAGAGUGUAGUGGUGUGCUUCAUUUCGCGCAUGCUGCUUCCAUUCUGAAUCCAGGGUGAGUGAGUAGGAGAGAGAGAGAAAACGAAUGGCACAAGUGGUGGGAGGAAAGAGGGUAGCGAACAUAUAAGGAUAGGGUGACUUCGAAAUAUCCUCACUACUUUGAUUAAACGCUGGCAAGUUUUCCCGCGAACUUCUCUCGGGGAAGAAAAAAAAAAUUUAACUAAAUAGUGACACACACGUGACUUUAACGUGGCUAUUGUUUUUCUUUUGUGUUAUCCUACAAGAGUGUAUUUAUUUUAAACAAAUUAUAAAUCACGUUAAGUUAGCAUGAGCAUGUCUCCUUAUCUUCGAGAAACAAAUCAUAUGAAUGACACUGUCAAUGAAGAAAUAAGUGCAGGCAUUUACGUGGGUGCAUCUAUUGCACUCGGUAUCAUUGGCUUCUUUGGUUUCACUCUAAACUUAAUUGUCGCGAUAAUCAUCGUUAAGGAUGCUCAAUCACUCUGGACUCCCGUCAACGUUAUUCUUUUUAAUUUGGUUGUUGGAGAUUUUUUAGUAGCCGCCUUGGGGAAUCCUUUGGCAAUGACUUCUGCAAUAACAAGUGGAUGGUAUUGGGGCUAUGACAUGUGUCUUUGGUAUGCCUGGUUCAUGUCUACAUUGGGAUUCGCUAGUAUUGGUAACUUAACCGUGAUGGCUGUUGAAAGAUGGUUACUAAUUACCCGACCGAUGAAAGCAUUGUCGAUUAGGCACGCCGUUUUCCUCGCUUUUGCGGUGUGGAUAUAUGCUUUAUCCUUGUCUCUACCACCCCUUUUCGGUUGGGGAAGUUACGGUCCAGAAGCUGGUAACGUAUCCUGCAGUGUGUCAUGGGAAGUUCACGAUUCUGCUACGAACAGCGACAGCUAUAUAGGAUUUCUAUUUACUCUAGGACUUGUUUUACCAGUUGUUAUUAUAGUAACAAGUUAUUUCGCAAUAUUAACAACCACGAUAAAAGUUGAAAGAAAAGCCGGUGCCAGAGGAAGACGAGAAGCUAAAGUUACGAGAAUGGUAGCACUGAUGAUAAGCGCAUUUCUCAUCGCAUGGUCACCUUAUGCUGCACUUGCAUUAGCGGCACAAUACUUCAACGCGAAGCCGUCACCCUCCGUGGCUGUAUUACCAGCUCUCCUAGCAAAGUCUUCCAUUUGUUACAAUCCUAUCAUUUACGCUGGAUUAAAUACUCAAUUUCCACGAUCUUUGAAAAAGAUACUUGGUAUUCGUGAUAUUGGUGUUGGCACGAAUGGCAGUCAACAGACUGCUUUGACCACGUUCGUCAACAAACAAGAACAGAAGCACUGAAAACGGCUAAUCGGAAUCCUGGAUAAUUUUGGAUUUCGAAUACAUAUCACUCGUGAAUAUUGUAACUCGAAUAAGAUUAAUAUUAUUUUUUCUAAAUUUA